AUGGACUACAAUAAACCUCUUGACCUCCUACACAUGGCGGAAGAGACUGUUUGGGUGAAGAAGGUAAAUACGGCUCGUGUGGACGGGCGUAUUUGCAGCUGGGCUUCUGGUUUCCAUCCUGAAAAACUCCCAUGUCGGCUAGAUGGGGGAUUUCUAAACGGGUCUUACAAUGUUGGCCAACGGAUUGUUUUUGAUGAUGGAACAACCUGGUUUCUCCGCCUCCCCCGUGCUAGCAGCAUCUCUCCAGAACAUGCAGAUGAAAAGGUGGCCAUGGAGGUCGAAGCUCUUUUCCUCAUACGAGAGAAGACGUCGAUACCCGUCCCUAAAAUUCAUGCCUGGGGUCUCGCAGGAGAAAAUCAGCUUGAUCUAGGCCCCUUCAUUUUGAUGGACUUCAUCAACGGCAUUUGCCUUCACGACGUAUUUGGCGGAGGCGAUUCGAGACUCCUUAAGGAAGAAAUAUCAGAGGCUAACAUUGAAUACGUCUACAGACAGAUGGCGCAAUUUAUGCUUCAGCUUUUCAAGGUCGACUUCAACCAGAUUGGCAGCUUACCGACUCUAAAGACAAGAUUCCCUGCUCCUGGUCGCCCGCUCACGUGGAAGGGACAUGAGAUUCUGAGGGUAGGAGGUGUUAACGCAUUUGGUGAUUGGGCUCACAAUCUCCAAUCCACCAGGCGAUACUUUGAAUACAUCAACAAGCAAGACUGGCAGCAGCUCUUGCUUCAACCAAAUUCAAUAGCAGGGCCGCGGAGUGCAAGAUCAAGAUAUGCGGCACUGAACAUAUUGAAGUCUCUAAUUCCCGAAUUAACAAAUACACCCUAUGAUCGCGGCCCUUUCAAACUUAUAUGUGAUGAUUUCGGCAUGGCAAAUGUCAUCGUUCGAAGUAAGGAUGACCUUACAAUCACCGGGCUUCUCCUCGAUCGUCCUGUCAACGACGAGUGGGACUUCGAAGAGGGAGAGGCCCCAAAGGCUACCGAUCGCUACUUCAAAUGUCUCGAGAUCUUUUUACGCGUACUUGAGGAGGAAGAGACAAGGAUGACAGAAAGUGGCCGGAGAGAACUCACUGAGUUGGUCAAAUGGUCUAGAGACACAGGGGCUAUGUGGCUCCAUAUGCUUCUUUCCAGUGGCUUUUUUGACAAUCUGACCUUUCCUUGUAUGCAGCUGCGAAAGCACAAGGGCGCGAAGUGGUGGGAUGAGCGCAUGACGGACCAGGGGGACACAGAAGAGGUCGAAAAAUUUGUAGCUGACAAGCUGAAGGACCUGGCAGCAUAUGAUGAGAUUAAGGAUAAGGUCGAGCACUACAAGACCCUCAUGGAUAAUGAGGAGAUGUCCGCAGAGGAUUUCAUUUCCACCCAGAUCCUUACACAGAAGCCCAAAACUGUCUACGGAAAUGACUAUCUCGCUAACUGUUCCGGCGUGGAUGUGUUCAACGCUCUGACGGGCAAACCAGCCGAUAACACUCACAUUGACUAUUUUCAGGGAUACAGCCAAUUCCACGAGCACGGCCUACCACGACGUCUGCCUAUAGAAGAGGAACAAAAGAUUGAUGCGGAUCCGCAGCUGGUCACUAAAGCCACGGAAAUCCGCAACGCAGAAUCUGACGAUGAUAUCAAACGCCUGAAGCGUGAUUACAAUAUCCUAAAAAGAAAGAUCUAUGCUAUGAUGUUCCAGCAGUUUCAAAGUGAAUGGGUCCAGAACCAGCGCGAUUGGACAAUAUUGACUAGAGGCCGAGAACGCCCCGAUCUCGUGGAGGAAACUGCAGGAAAACAGGCUCUCUGCAAACUCAUGCCCGAAUAG